AUGUCUCAGGAGGUGACUCGUGCCGAGUCCAUCGAGGAACAGGAGCGUGCAAGGGAUGGCGACAAGAAGCCAAAGUCUCGUCGACCAGCCAAUACUGCUUUCCGCCAGCAAAGAUUGAAAGCGUGGCAACCAAUCUUAACCCCUAAAAGCGUUCUACCUCUGUUUUUCAUCGUGGGCGUUAUCUUUGCGCCAAUUGGCGGUGUUCUCCUCUGGGCAAGCUCUCUAGUCCAAGAAAUUUCCAUCGAUUACUCCGACUGCGCCGAACAGGCACCGACCGAGCACUAUGGUUCCGUUCCUCAUUAUUCGGCGACUUUCAAAUCUUCCGAGUCCAUAUCGACACCCCUCUGGCGCAAGUCCGUCAAUGAGUCUGGACCCACUAUUUGUACUCUUGUUUUCGAGGUUCCGAACGAGCUUCCAGCACCGGUUUUCAUGUACUAUCGCCUCACCAACUUUUAUCAAAACCACCGCCGAUAUGUUCAGUCGCUCGAUUUGAAUCAGCUGAAAGGAGACGCUGUCUCCUACCAUACGAUCAAGGGUGGCACGUGUGACCCAUUAGCGGUCAAUACCACGGCUGAGAAGGUAUACUAUCCAUGUGGACUGAUUGCCAACUCAUUCUUCAACGACACCAUUGGGAUGCCCCAAUUCCGAGAUCCGAUUGCAUCCGGGAACGAAAAAGGUGGAAAGCAAUUCUACGAGAUGACCGAUAAAGGCAUUGCGUGGGACAGUGACAAGGAACUCAUCAAGAAGACAAAGUAUAAGUUGGAGGAAAUGCAGCCACCCCCAAAUUGGGUCUGGGCGACCGAGAACGGCGCCUAUAAAGAGUUUCCCAAUUUACAUGAAAAUGAAGCUUUCAUGGUUUGGAUGAGAACGGCUGGUUUGCCAUCGUUCAGCAAGCUUUCCCGCCGUAACGAUACCCAUGGCAUGCCUGCUGCAACAUAUACCAUUGAUAUUGUUGAUCGCUUCAAUGUCACUGAAUAUGAUGGAACCAAGUCGAUCUUGAUCUCUACUCGAACAGUGCUUGGAGGCAAGAAUCCCUUCAUGGGAAUCGCCUAUGUAGUUGUUGGUGGAAUCUGCGUCGUUCUCGGGGCUCUGUUUACUGUCGCACACUUGGUGCGUCCGAGAAAACUUGGUGACCACACCUAUCUUACUUGGGAUUCAAAUCAACCGACCACUGCUAUCGCUACGGGACGGGAUAAUGCCCCCUAA